AUGCUUUCCUUCGACAAUACUCCAUGGGACCACGCCUCGCCACUGCUGCACCCCUCCUUCGACUGCGCAGACCGGGAGGGCUGGGCUGGACACCCCGUGGUCUCGGCCAACACUACGGAGGGCGAACGCACCAAUCCUGAGAUGGUACGAUUUAACCUCCGACGCGUUCUUGGCUCUGGUGCCAAUGGAACUAUUGUCUUUGAAGGGACCUACGGGACACAGCCAGUGGCAGUGAAGCGGAUUCUGCGUCGCGUUGAGUUGGAGAAAAGUUGGCUGCGCGAGCACCGCAUCCUCAUGAAUCACCACCACGAACACCUCAUUCGGUGCUUUUGGACGGGCAGUUCACCAAAUUUUCACUACCUCGUGCUUCAACGUUGCUUGACUAGCCUGCUGGAGGCCCUGGACACCGAGGAAGGUGCUGCUUUGUCUGAGGGAAGGAAUCCACUGAGUCGAUUCGGUCUCCUGCCGGUGGAGUGCGUUCGUCAGCUCCUCAAUGCCGUGGUCUUUCUGCACUCCAAGUCAAUCGUUCACCGGGACAUCAAGCCGAGCAACAUCUUUAUCCUGGAGGCCACCCCCUCUUCGUCUCCUACUCCCUCCUCCUCCACUACUACCAGCACAUCAGCUGUCAAUCGUCUGGUUCUCGGCGACUUUGGCCUUUCAUUGCCUCUAGAGAAUGGGUUCUUCAUCAAUUCUAUCUGUGUCGAGGCGCCCGCCAGCUCCACCACUGAAAACGGUGGAGGGUCAACGAUUGGAGCCAGUGGUGCCUUUACCUUCGGAAGUCUCGGCUGGAUGGCUCCAGAGAUGUGUGCUUCAUCGAAGGAAGCUUUGACCCAGUCAGUGGACGUCUUCGCGUUCGGUCUUGUGGCUUACUUCAUCCUCUCCCUUGGUAGUCACCCAUUUUUCGCUCCUCCGGAGGCAGUGUCUUCAUCAGGGACUAAGGAGGCAGUGUCAGCAAGGCCAAGACACCUGCGCGAAGUCUACACCUCACUGGCAGGUCUUCAAAGCAUGCAGAAGGCCAUCAAUGAUCUUCAAGCGCCACGACUGAACGAUCUUGACAACUGUGUUUGCGUGGUGGUAGAGGUGGUCGGUGGGGCGGAUGAGGAGAAACCAGACAAGAUGCGAAGUUGCCUGGCGAAACAGCUCAUCCUGGAGGCCUUAACCCCUGACCCCUCUAACCGCUGUUCCAUCGAGGUAUUGGCUGGGUCACCACUCUUCUGGACAGCUGAGGACAUUAUGGCUUUCUAUACACUGAAAAAACUGCAUGCGAGUUUGAAACGACAUCGAAAACAAGAGAUAAUCUUCCACCCUUCCUCCUCCAUCACGCAGGAGAUCUCCAACUUCAUGGACGAGUCAAAGCCACUCAAAUUUGCCUCUGGCUCAGGCUCCUUUCACCUUUCGGCAGAGCGCACACGGCCAGGCGAAGGAGGAGGGAAUGAGGUCGUGGUGACGGGGCCGGUGGAUGUCUUUCAUAGCGUCCGCCAGCAUCUCUCCACUGCACUCGACGAUCACUGGGGGCGCGUUUUCUCGAGUUCCUGGUUAGGCCAUCUGGACGCCGUCCUGGUUGACGAUCUACGCUCUGUCCGGACCUAUCAGGGCACUACUGCAUCCCCCGUUGGGUCACAUUCAUCGGAUGAUCGAGAGCCCAACUUCUCCAUUCGUGUGUCUGACAAAUCGCUAACACAGCUAUUGCGGGCGAUUCGGAACAAACGGAACCACAUUUGGUCGCUUCGUAAUAAGGUGCGCGAUGUACUGGGCUCAAGCGACACGGCGAUGGCGGAGCAUUGGAACUCGCGAUUCCCCAGCCUCCUUCCUCUCACCUACUGCCUGGCUCGAGUCCACCUCGCGGAGGUGAAUCACUUUCACCGCUUCCUGCCCGCUCCACUCACUGCAGAUGCCGCUGAGCGCUUCAUCAGUGAGCACUGCCAUCCCUCUACUCCGGCGAUGUGGGCGAGGUUGUCGAUCUCGAAGCAUGGUUCCCCACGCCCAGCGGAUCACAAAGUUAGUCCACAAGUGGCGCUUCCAUCGUUGGAAUCGACGGUCAACGGUUGCGAAGAGAUCAAUAAUAACAACAUCGCUGGCAUAAAGGUACAGACCUCCGAGCACGAUUCGCCAUUGCAAGCCAAACCCAGGGUCUGGUCUAAAGCGAGAACCCUAACCAAUCCGUGGCAUAUACCUUCGAAACGGACCAUCUCCGAAGAAAGCACCAAUAACGGUGCUGCUAGCGUGGCCGUCAGUGAAGCUCCGGCAGCAGUCCUGGGUGUCACAUUGAUUGCGGCGAGCGGUGAGAUGGUCAACCCAAUUGAGGGAAACGAGGAAAACGAUGAAACAGAAGGUUUUGUCCUCCAGAAGACGAAGAAGAGGAUGCGCAAGCGCAAAACUGUUCCCAGCAGUGUGAGAACGAAGAAUUUGUAG